CAAAUUGUUUAAUUACGUAUUUAUGCCCACAUAUGCCAGUUUUCUUUCAGAAAUGACUGCAACAGGGGAUGCUUGUUGUUCUCCGUGUUAGCAACGCACGCCGUAGACUUGUGAGAGCGACUGUAGAAGAAGCUCCCUCCGCCUCCCGCCUCCCGGAGGAAGUGUACCGCGCUCGCGCGCUCCGCAGCUUCCCAGUCCGUCCGUCGGUCCGUCGAAGCGCCUCGCGAGCGGUCGCGGUGGAUCCCCGCCCUGAGCGUCGUGAACUCCGGGAGCCGUGUUCGGGGGCUCGGCGCAUGGCCGUCAGAAUUCGUUUUCUUUUUAUCAUAGAGGUUGCCUAAUAUUUCGUAAAAAUUCCGCCAAAAACGAGAAGACGGUUUACCCCAACCUCUAGGACUUUAUUUCAUGUGUCUGUGAACUAUCAGAACAACUUAGGAGCGUCUAUCUACCGUGAGCAGUUUGACUUCAACGCUGAGCCUCCUUGGGAUCCUAGCUGAUAACAGGAGGGGUCCAUUUUUGACCUGUCUUGGCUAUCACUAGGACCCAGGAGUGGUGAGCGUGCUGCUAAAUAGGUGACCUGCUUUAUGCCUGCGCUGAACUGGGCUUGUGGAUGACGAUGAAGGUGAUGCUGGAUGAACUGCACUAUUCUGUCGAACUGCUGGAAGGAGAUACUGCUCUCCGAGACGUGAUCAGCAAGCAUAUUGGUGACCAAACACUCACUCAGAAAAAUGCAUUCUUCGUGGCUGACCUGGGGGCCAUCAUUUGGCAGCAGAUCCGCUGGAGAACUCACAUGGACCAGGUUCGGCCGUUCUACACGGUUAAGUGCAACAGCAGUCCUGUGGUUGUCGAGAUCCUGGCUGCGCUGGGAACAGGCUUCGUUUGCUCCAGCAAGCAUGAGCUGGAGUUGGUGAAGGGCUUUGGAGUCCCACCCCAGGAUAUCAUCCUGGGUGGGGUAUGCAAGCAGCUCUCGCACGUCAAACACGCGGCCAGGCAGGGCAUCCAGCUUCUGAUGUGUGACAGCGAAGCAGAGCUGCGCAAGAUUGCCCGCUGUCAUCCGAAAGCCAAGCUGCUGCUGCACGUGUCCUCCACAGGAGCGUGCUGUGAGCGGGAGCAGACGGCCAUGCAGUUUGGCUGCACGCUGAAGGAGUGCAGGCACUUACUCGAGGGCGCUAAAGAGCUCGGCCUGCAGGUUGCUGGCAUCAAGUUUCAUGUCCCCUGUUGCUGUGCUGAUCACCAGGCCAUCAGUCAUGCAGUGUCAGAUGCCCGUUGCGUGUUUGACAUGGGGGAGGAGCAUGGAUUUGUCAUGAAUAUUCUGGACAUUGGAGGAGGCUUUGAUGGAACGGAGAGUCAAUUGGAAAAGGUGACGAGGGCGCUGAAACCUAUACUGGAUGUGUACUUUCCCCCGUCGACAGGCGUGGCGGUGAUCGCCGAGCCCGGGGCGUACUAUGUCUCCGCUGCUUUCUCACUGGCUGUGAGCGUCACGUCAAAGAAAACCAUGGCACGGGACGCAGGCUGCUGCCCGCGCGGUGUGCUGUCUGGAAACGAUGAACCAGAGUUUCUUUACUGUAUGAAUGAUGGGGUGUUUGGUUCGUUUGCAUAUAAGCUGUUGGAGGAAUCUGUUCCGGUUCCAGUUCUCCACAAGGAGGUAUCUGUGGAGGAGCCUGUGUUCUCCAGCAGUCUGUGGGGGCCCUCGAGUGACAUCUUGGACCAGGUUGUGGAGCACUGUCUCCUCCCGGAGCUCUCCGUGGGGGACUGGCUAGUGUUCAGCCAUGCUGGGGCCAGCUGCCUCAGGCCCACAGGCAUGCAUACAGACCGGUCCAGUGCACCUGUGCAUUAUGUUAUCUCCACACGAGACUGGUACGAGAUUCAGAGCAGCGGCGUCACAUUGGACACCACCAUGAAGAACUUCUCACUGGUCCCCUGGUGCCUGCAGCCUGGCUUGACUGAGACAUCGAUUUCGACUCCAGCAUAGUGUCACACUGGCUCUGAGAUUAAUUUAGGGGAAUCUUCAGUUAAACUCUUAAGUUUGGCAGAGUGAGCACAAAUGGAGGCAGGAUUUCAAGAAAGUGUUAGUGGAUCAACAACAAACUCAUUUAAUGUUACAUAAAUUCUACCACAUACAUGAUGGGAGUUGGUUAUUUUGGGGGCCUCAGUUAUUAGUGUUUACACACCUAGAGUCCAAUUUAUUCAAUUGUCUAAAUGUAUACGACUAUCGUAUAUGUAAGAAUCUUUCCUGUUAAUAAUUCCUGUUUGCACCCCAGUUAUUUAUUCAACAUGAAGCCUUAUUCCAUUUUGGCUGUCAUGCUUUUUAAGAGUUGUACAUUUUGUGGUGGCAUUGUUAAAAGCGGUGAACUACUUGGUGGGUAUUCUGUGUCAAACCAUGAAGUCAGGUUUUUAUCCUGUAUUCUGGAGGGCACCAGUAGAUGGCAGUGCAGCUGAGAAAUCAGUUUCAGGGCUUUGGGAGAAUUAUUUGAAUCAACUGUUUUCUGAGGAGCUUUGCUUAAUAUACUUUCUUCCUUUCUUUAUAUAGGAGCUCUUUUGGGUGAGAUGUAGAAGCUAGUGUAUUGUGAGCACUAAACCAUUGCAAAAUUCUUAAGUUGUGCUAUAAUUGCAAAAACGAAUUGCUUUGGCAUGUAGUCAAGAGUCCUGCUUUCUAAGUGCAACGUUGUGGUUCACUUAUUGUAGGAUGAAAUAUGCAUGUGCAAACGAAGUGUAGCAAAGAAUGUUUUAAAUUGUAUUCUGAAAGUGCUGUUGGUAGACGUGACCUGCUAUGUAAACAGGUGCCAUUGAUGCUCCUCAAAGAAAGCUGUCUGUUAAAUGCUGUUUAACUAACCCAAACCUUCUGAAACUGGUAAAAGAAAGUAACACAUUUUACAUAAGAGAUGCGAUGAGAUUUCUUCAUGCUGAAAGUGAAUAACCGAAUGGAUGUGACCAGGCCUCCGUAGCAUUUGUUGGUCCUUGGUCUGCUGCCUGUUUGGCGGUAUUCAUCAGUAAAUGAGUGCGCUUGUGUCUGCAUGCUGGUUGCUUUGCCUUAAUUGAGCUGGCUGCAGUUCAGCAGGGCUGUUGGCAAUGCAUCAUCUCAUUGCUUAACUGGAAGUGAUGAUGCUUAAAGGGACUCAUGUCAAAGCAGUUUACACAUGAUCUUUUAAUCGAUGCUCUUGCCUGUAGCAUCCAUAAAACAAGGCGAGAUUCGACAUUAGCUCAGUUCAUUUUCCUGAUAAGCAAUGCUCCUUUAGCCUGUGGUAACAAUUUUGGUUGUAAAUAUUUUAUUCUUAAUUAAAAGCUGUAAACAGACACUCCGUUAUUAAAAAGCAACAAUUAGAGACUGUACAAAAGAGAAUAAUAAACAACUUGGAAGUAAAAAAAA